AUGUCUGUCUUCAAUGCAUCUCGCCUUCUUGGCAAGACAGUCCUUAUCACUGGAGCAAGUUCUGGUAUCGGAGCGGCCACCGCUGUAUUGUUUGCCAAGGGAGGUUCCAAUGUUAUACUUACCGCUCGCCGAGCGGAUGCACUACAAAAAGUUGCAGAUGAAUGUACUGCUGCUCACAAAGAAGCCGGCCUACAACAUGGCGGCAAAUUCGUUACCGUGCAACUCGAUAUUUCUGACAGAAGUCAAAUCAACGGCUUCCUAGAGAAGAUACCUGCUGAUCUUCGCGAAAUCGAUAUCCUCGUCAACAAUGCUGGAUAUGUCGUGGGUGUGGAAAAAGUUGGUGACUUGUCUAUGGAUAACAUGGAGGGCAUGUUCGCAACGAACGUGUUUGGCUUGAUUGCCCUGACCCAGUUGUUCAUCAAGGACUUCAAGAAGAGAAAGACUGGACAUGUCAUUAACCUUAGUUCGAUCGCGGGCAGAGAAGCUUACCCUGGAGGCAGCCUCUACUGCGCAACCAAACAUGCUGUCAGCGCAUUUACUGGCUCUCUCAUGAAGGAGCUUGUCGACACUCCCAUUCGUGUCACCGAAAUCCAGCCUGGUAUGGUAGAGACCGAGUUCUCUGUCAUUCGUUUCAAAGGCGACAAGUCCGCAGCAGACAAGGUCUACGAGGGGCUUCAGCCUCUGGUGGCAGAGGACAUUGCAGAAGAGAUCGUCUGGGCUGCAUCACGCCCCCCACAUGUCAAUCUCGCUGAAGUUUUCGUGCUCCCGGUGAACCAAGCUAGUGCAACCCUCAACUACAGGGCGCCGAGGCUGUAG